AGACUUCUUGUGCUAACCAUCAAAACUCCACUCUACUUCUCUAAUGGGAGCAGAGCACUAUUCUCCUCCUUGGUUCAGUGUUGCUCCCAUGAUGAAAUGGACUGAUAACCAUUACAGAACUUUGGCCCGUCUCAUCUCAAGGAAGACGUGGCUCUACCCAGAAAUGCUUGCUGACGAAACAAUUGUCUACCAGUGUGGCAAUUUGGAAAGUUUGUUGCUGAGGCCAUGUGCGUACUUGCUGCAAAUACAAAUGUUCCCGUGAGUGUCAAAUGCAGAAUCGGACUUGAUGACCAUGAUUCAUACUAUGAACUAUGUAAGUCGAAAGAUCUGCUUCUGCCCAGAUGGGUUCCCAAAGGAUAAAAAUGGGUUCUUGGGAGAUGUGACUAGGCUUGAGGAGUUUCUCAAGGAUCCAUGGGGUCUUAAGGCCAAACAACCUGCCACAUGUCAGGUUAAGGUGCCCAAGCUCAUCGUUGCAUCGCCCCCACGAGUGCCUGUAGGUAAUGGGGAUGGUGAGGAGGCAGCUUCUACUGCUUCAGCUCAGACUAAGCGUGUUGCUUUGCAGAAGAAAGCUGCUGCUGCUGCAUCUAGUGUGGGUGAGGAUUUCGCUCGAGGGUUUCAGUCUGGAGAUGUGGAGGGCUCCAUGAAAGAUGUUGGUGGAGAAGAACAAGGUCUAUCAAAUGUCAAAGUGUUGUGUAGGCUAUGCUUUUCCAGUGAAACUGAAGGAGGUGAAAGAGCAAGGAAGAUGAUGUCAUGCAAUUGUUGUGGGAAGAAGUAUCACCUAAGCUGCCUGAAAACUUGGGGUCAACAUAGAGAUCUCUUCCAUUGGAGUUCAUGGACAUGUCCCUCUUGCCGGGUUUGUGAGGGCUGUCAAACAACUGGAGAUCCAAACAAGUUCAUGUAUUGCAAAAGGUGUGAUGCAGCUUAUCACUGUUACUGUAUGCAGCCUCCACUCAAGAAAGUUAGUAGUGGGCCUUAUUUGUGCCCCAAACACACAAAGUGUCACAGCUGUUGUUCUAAUGUUCCAGGAAAUGGACUGAGCGUGAGGUGGUAUUUAGGAUACACUUGUUGUGAUGCUUGUGGAAGAUUAUUUGUGAAGGGAAAGUACUGUCAAGUUUGUUUGAAGGUUUAUAGAGAUUCUGAAACAACUCCUAUGGUUUGCUGUGACAUUUGCGAGCGCUGGGUGCACAGCCAAUGUGAUGGCAUCAGUGAUGAAAAAUAUUUGCAGUUUCAAGUGGAUGAUUUGCCGUAUUCAUGUCCAACAUGCCGCGGAUAUAGUUAUAAGUCGAUAAAUCUUACAAAUGCUGUUCAGGAGCUUUGGAAGAGGAGAGAUGUAGCUGAUAGGGAUUUAAUUGCAAGUUUGAGGGCAGGAGCUGGGUUGCCUGUAGAUGAUGAAAUAUUUUCUAUUUCACCCUUUUCAGAGGAUGAAAAUAGUGCUCCUCUAGUAAAAACUCAACAUAAACAAUCCUUAAAGUUUUCUCUUAAAGGUUUAGUUGACAAAUCUCCCCAAAAGAGCAAGGAAUGUGGAAAAGCUUCUGGUAAGGAGAAGGGGUUAGCUGGACAAAAUGAAGGACAUCCUGAUGCUCCAUCUGGUGGAUAUAGUGCUGGUGAUGUCAAGAAUGAUGAAUUGCAGGCUUAUGGGGAACUGAAUAGCUUUUCUUCUCCUGUUGGUAGCUUAACAGAAGGUAUAUGUUCAUUUAAUGAGGCAGGGGUCAUAAAGCACAAAUUUAUAGAUGAGGUUACUGGAAACAUGGGUAAGAGGACAGUCCAAAGGAAUGGUAGCAAGCCUCAGCAUUUGGAUGGGGAUGAUGUUGGGAUUCAAACAAGCAUGCCAAAGACCUCCAAGGGGCCAAAUGGUAAUGAGGAUUGGGUUCAGCUGAGAGAGAAUGAAAACUCAGAAAGGAAUGACACUGCAGCUAAACUUGGUGGUGGAACAGAAAGUAACUUAAUAAAGAUCAAGAAAGUUAGCUCAGAAGCUACUCAUUUCCCUGCCAAAGUUGGUGGAAGAUUUGCCGAUGGAUCUGGACCUUAUUCUCGACUCAAGACUUCUGGUAUCUUAGGAAAAAGAAGCAAUAACGGUAGUGUUAUUACAAAGGCUGGAGCUGAAGUUCCUGCUACAAGGGACAACAAAUUGACUUCUGUUAAGCAUGCCGAAGCUGGGCCUGCUUCUUGUGAUGACCUGAAUGAAGAGAAAAAUAUCUCACCUUCAUUAUCUAAAUCACCGAGAAAGGAUCCAAAACCUCUCCAAAGGCUCAAUUUCAAGAAUCCUUACCAUGAAACUCAAAAUGCAUUGGCGUCUCCAGGAGAGGAGGAGAAAAGCAUGGUUAAGGGCCAGAAGUCUACAAGAAAGAGAGUACCAACUUUUGAAGAAAAAGCAUCAACCAGGUCUGAUGAUGAUUCAUCACAGCGAUAUGAAGACAAUACAAUGGAUGACUUCUCGGAUCAUAACUGGAUAUUGCAGAAGUUGGGACAAAAUGCAAAAGGAAAGAGAGUGGAAUUUCAUCAUCCGUUUGAUAAUACCUGGCAUAGAGGGACUGUCGUAGAAGUCUUUGAAGGCUCAUCUGUUGUGUCUGUUGCUCUUGAUGAUGGGAAGCCGAAGAACUUGGACCUUGGAAAGCAAGGAAUACGUUUAAUAUCUCCGAAGCAAGACUGUUGACUGCUAUUAAAAUUGGUUAUUAGAUGCAGCGUAUGUUGCGACUUUGGAUGACAAGAGCAUGGGCAACUAUUGAUUCCCAGAGUUGUUCCUCAAGGUUACUGCACCCUGCAUUGCGUGUUUUCUGCAACUUAUCUAACCUUUGGUUUCUGGAUUUCCAUGUAGGCAUUGGUUUGGUUCUGUUUUAUUGUCACCUUUCGUUUCCCAGUUUAUAGAUUCUCUUUUCUGGUCAGAGGUUGAACACAGUUUUUUGAGCCUUUUGGUGGCACUUUAAAUUAAUCUUGUUGGGUUUACCGUUUCAAUGUAAAAUUUCUAGAGAUUAGAAAGUUCUGCUGUUACUGGUAUUAACUCAGAGUAGAUGUCGUUGUUAUACUAUAAUAAAUAUAUUAUAGCCAGCUGAGCUCUUUU